ACGUCAGUACGUGCUUGAGCCUGCCCGAAAAUGUUCUCCCGUGUUGUUGGGUUUCGAAGGAGCGCAGGACUUUGCCAUGAAAUAAUACAUUAUUACCCGUGAGGAAAACAAAAACAAACCGCAUGAUUUUAAACUGAAGUUAUUCGCGUUCCCGUUAAGUGGCGAAACUGUGUUUUUGGGAGACUCCAACGGGAAGUUUGUGUGAUCGUUUUUCCCGGAGUGAUGUCGAAUCCUGGGACUCGGAGGAACGGGUCCAGCAUCAAAAUCCGACUGACAGUAUUAUGUGCCAAGAACCUCGCAAAGAAAGACUUCUUUCGCCUGCCAGAUCCAUUUGCCAAAGUUGUGGUGGAUGGAUCGGGUCAAUGCCACUCGACAGACACAGUCAAGAGCACACUGGACCCCAAAUGGAAUCAGCACUACGACCUCUACAUUGGAAAGACAGACUCCAUCACCAUCAGUAUAUGGAACCACAAAAAGAUCCAUAAACGACAGGGGGCCGGAUUCCUGGGCUGCAUACGACUUCUUUCCAAUGCUAUCAGCAGGCUAAAAGACACAGGAUACCAGCGUCUAGAUCUCUGUAAGCUCAACCCGUCGGACAGCGACGCAGUGCGGGGGCAGAUUGUAGUGAGCUUGCAGACACGAGACCGCAUUGGCAGCGGAGGGCCUGUGGUGGACUGCAGAGGACUGUUGGAAAACGAUGGGCCCGUGUUCGAGGGAUGUUUCAGUGAAGAGCCGCUGCCGUACUCCGACUCCACUGGUGCGGCAGGGGGCGGGAACUGCCGGCUUGACUCGCCCAGUCAGGAGAGCCGUCUUCAAACCCAGCGAAUCAGAGGGCAGGACUCCAGAGGCCAUGGCCACACCCCUCAGAACAGACCUCACGGGCACCAACCGCCUGACCUACCAGAGGGAUACGAGCAGCGAACAACAGUGCAGGGCCAGGUGUACUUCCUCCACACACAGACAGGCGUCAGCACCUGGCACGACCCCCGGAUACCGCGGGACCUGGCCAGCGUGAGCUGCGAGGAGCUUGGGCCGUUGCCGGUGGGCUGGGAGGUCCGGAGCACCGUGUCCGGCCGGAUCUACUUUGUGGACCACAAUAACCGAACCACACAGUUCACAGACCCACGCUUACACACGAUUAUCAGCCAGCAAUCCCAAGCAAAGGAAUCCUCCCAAGCCCCCCAGAUGGAUGUGGGGGGUGAGGAGGGGGGAGGCGGAGGGGUGGGCGGAGGCGGAGGAGGAGACGGGGAUGUGGCAGCGCGCUACGAGCGAGACCUGGUCCAUAAGUUGAAGCUGCUCCGGCACGAGCUGUCGCUGCAGCAGCCGCAGGCGGGACACUGUCGCAUCGAGGUCUCCCGGGAGGAGAUCUUCGAGGAGUCGUAUCGGCAGAUCAUGAAGAUGAGGCCCAAAGACCUGAAGAAGCGUCUGAUGGUGAAGUUCAGGGGAGAGGAGGGUCUGGACUACGGCGGGGUGGCCAGGGAGUGGCUGUACCUGCUGUGUCAUGAAAUGUUGAACCCCUAUUACGGCCUGUUCCAGUACUCCACAGACAACAUCUACACACUACAGAUCAACCCCGACUCCUCCAUCAACCCCGACCACCUGUCGUAUUUCCACUUUGUGGGUCGUGUGAUGGGCCUCGCGGUUUUCCACGGUCACUACAUCAACGGGAGCUUCACGCUGCCCUUCUACAAACAGCUGUUAGGCAAACCCAUCCAGCUCAACGACCUGGAGACCACCGACCCGGAGCUGCACAAGAGCCUCGUCUGGAUACUAGAGAACGACAUCACUUCAGUCCUCGACCACACGUUCUGCGUGGAGCACAACGCCUUUGGAAAGUUUUUACAACAUGAACUCAAACCUAACGGCCGUAAUAUCCCCGUCACUGAGGAGAACAAGAAAGAAUACGUGAGACUUUAUGUGAACUGGAGGUUUAUGAGAGGAAUUGAAGCCCAGUUUCUGGCUCUGCAGAAGGGAUUCAGUGAGCUCAUCCCCCAGCACCUCCUCAAACCUUUUGACCAUAAAGAACUUGAGUUGAUCAUCGGCGGACUGGGGAAGAUCGACCUUGCAGACUGGAAGACAAACACCCGCCUGAAGCAUUGCACAAGUGAAAGCAACGUGGUGCGGUGGUUCUGGCAGGCGGUGGAGGCCUUCAGCGAGGAAAGGAGAGGACGCCUGCUGCAGUUUGUCACAGGCUCCACCAGGGUCCCACUACAGGGUUUCAAGGCGCUGCAGGGCUCUACAGGUUCUGCAGGACCAAGGCUCUUUACCAUCCAUUUGAUAGACGCCAACACAGACAACCUGCCCAAGGCUCACACAUGUUUCAACAGGAUAGACAUCCCUCCCUACGAGUCUUACGAGAAACUUUAUGAGAAACUGCUGACGGCUGUGGAGGAGACCUGCGGCUUCGCUGUGGAGUGAUGAAUCCGCAACCAAAAAAAACCAACAUACACACAGUCACACUUGUGCUUGCACACCAACUAUUUGACAUUUUACACAUACACACGCCUCGACAGAAUAUCAAGUAUACACAGAGUAUACAGAGCAGCCAAGCAUCACGAGAACACACACACAC